GUUUCGCCAUCCAAGCCUCGGGCAUCCUCUUCAUCUAUUUCCUUUGUCUAAACUCAGCAUCCUAUUCUUCCAGCCCGGUUAUUUCUUAUUCCCAUCUUUGAUCUUUCACAAUGGCGCCUCUCAACAAGUCCAUCAACACCUACCACUGCAUCCAGGGCCUGUACUGGAGAGACGCUUCGGGAGAACUGCUCGCAGUCGAAGGAAGCAAUUCCAAGUCACUUCCAGAAAUCUGGACACAGCUCAAAGACAUAGUGUGCUCCGCUACUGAGUCAUGGAAUCAGCUUCAACUUCCCUCUGGCAAGACCAUCAGGACUCUCCACGUCACCGCCGACAUCCCAGCUCUUCUCAACAUUCGCUCAAACUUCCCACCUUCAUAUCAACAAGAAGAACUCAACACCCAAGUGUCCGAGAUCGAACACGCCAAUGGCCUAUCUAUCGGCCUUGUUACUUCUAGACCAAAGUCUGUCAAAGCCGACGGUUUUGGUGUUUGGGCAGAGCGCUUUGUCCUCCUCGAGACCGAGUUUCAGCCAUUCGCUCACAUGUCCACGUCCACCACACCAUGGGCUGCAAAGCACCGCGAGACCUGUACAACCAUUGCCGAGAUCUUCGAGCGAAGACUGAAGAAUGUCUCCAAGGAUGACCAAUGGGAUGUCUGUGGCAAAGAGGUUUUCCUGGACCGCGUCUACGGCUAUGUCGACAAGAACCUUCCCAUCCAGCUUGCCCUGCCUGCCUUUCCCUGCAAGUCGCCCAACCCAAACAAGGUUGGCGGCAUCAUGCCCGAUCUUGCGGAGCACAUUGCCAUGGACGCACUUCACGACUUUGUCAAGGAAGUCAACACCGUGUACCCGCCUGGCGCGACUAUGUGGAUCAUCAAUGACGGCCACGUCUUUUCCGACUGCAUCGGCGUUGACGACGAGAUGAUUGACACCUACGACGCCUGCAUGGCAGCCAUAUACAAGGAGCGGUAUCCGGAUGAUGUUGGCCCUGUCCCUACCAUCAAGUUCAAGGGCCUCAAGAACAUCUUCGCAGCAGACUCUGACGGCUUCAGAGACCUGCAAAAGCUGCUUCUCAACUCGCACCAAAUGCCUCAUCCCGUCAAGACGAAGCUUACUGGUGACGCCGAGCUUUGCCGCAAGCUCAUGCUCGGCAUUGGCGGUCCCGAUCGCACAUAUAUCCGCCAGCUGAUUGAGCAGCAAGAGCCCGAUGCCCUUGGUCUUUACAGGGGUCAGACGCGCUUCAUGCUUGAGGAUCUGGCCGAUAUCCCGUCAGUCAAGUCAAUGAGUGGAAAGCAAAAGAAGAAGACAGCUGCUCUGGUAGCAGAGGAAAUGAUGUCUCGAAACCAGGCAUACUCCAACUUGACUGAGCUGCUUCUUCCAAACUACGUUCGACUUUCUAUUCACGCGCACAACAACGCAGGUCCCAAGUUUGCCAUUCGUCUUUUGCCCGCAAACAAGGUCCGCGCUAUUGACUCCCUGGAGACGCGUCUCGAGCCCAACCCCGUCUAUGAAUACCAGCUUCCCACGCCAUGGCACAACUGCAUGAUCAAGGUGGAAGGCGAUGACUUCAUGUAUCUUGCCAAAGCCCAGGUAGCCAGGAAAGCCAUGCAAAGUUCUGAUUUCGAAGGCUCCUGGGUAGAUGGACCCGAUGGUUCAUACUUUAGCUUGAAGCGCAAGUCGGCAGACGCACCAAAGGCCGUUACACCUCCCAAGCUGGUCAUUCCCACGGAGAAGGUCAGUGUCUUCAACCACAACAAGAAGAGCACUAUUGUUCUCGUCACACCCGUCAACGAGAAGAAGAGGCCUAUUAUUAUUUGCUCGCCUGUAGUAGGCAAGAACACUCCCAUCGUCGUCACUUCGCCGGCCGGCGAAGAGGGACGCCCCAUUGUCGUCUGCUCUCCCAUCGGUCGCAGACAAGCCAUGUUCUCGCCCAUCGCAGAGAAGAUGCGGUCUCCCAUUGGCUCUCCCAUUGUACGCACCAAGACCUCGGUCAUUGCUUGCGAUCCUACGGCCGAGAAGGGCGCUGCAGCAGUUGUUCCACAUAUGCAGACGGGCCACCUUGUGAGACAGGACACGCACUUUGUCCAGUCGAGCGAGAAGAACAAGCUGCGCAAGCUCUUGCCCGUCAUCUCCAUGCUUCGUUCCAUUCGGUCACAGUCAUAGGCCGCGUUUGUUCUCCCAUGUUGGGUAGUUGCUUGGUUUAUAUGAUUCCCUUUUCCAAUUUGUUUUUCUAGCAAAAAAUUUGUUAUUCUUGUCCUUCUUGGGGUAUGGCUUAAAAUUCACCCAUAUCAGUAUUCCUGGGGUUUUUGCGUUUGGCGUUUGGCGCAAGGAUAGCUGCGCGCAGUUACAUCCACAACAUUAGCAAAGAGAUUAUCUUACUUAUAUCCAAGAAGGCCUGAAAGGUGAUUGUGAUAUGAGAGAAUGACUGUGGAUUGUUUUGAGGUAUGGUUUCAAACCC